AUGUCUAUCGAAGUUUUACCAGCUGAGCUCAUUCUUCUAAUCUUCUCAUUCUUACCGUCCGAAUCAUCUAUCGCUGCUUUAGCCUUGUCAAACCGCCAUUUCUAUGCAACCGCCAACCCCUACCUUUACCAAAACAAUGUGCGCCAAGGUAACAGCUCCGCCUUGGACUGGGCGGCGCAAAAUGGUCGGAUAGAUACACUACAGAAGGCACUAGAUGCUGGCGCCCCUCUACCGAAGGAACAGUGGAAGUAUCCAAAGCGCGUUUUGAAUUUUCAGCCGCAUCCGAUCUCGCUGGCGGCGAAAUUUGGUCAUGCCAAUAUCGUCCGAUACAUGGUUGACGUCGGGGUGGACCCUAACAUUAGGGACGCUGAUUGCUUCACGCCACUGACGGUGGCUGCUCUCGCCGGCCAUGCAUCUGUAGUGAAAUAUCUGCUGGACGUCGGAACCCGGCAGCACGUCGAACACGAAAAGUGUGUGUGGUUUGCGGCAAUUCACGGGCAUGUCAAUGUGGUUGAUAUAAUUUUGUCAGCUCCGAAGCAACUUGGGAGUGAAUGCGACAAAGAAGAACUUCUGAAUGCUGCCUUGUCGGCGGCGAUUCAUUCCCAGCGGAUCCCGGUGCUCCGGUUAUUAUUCACACAUGGUGUGCAAGUAAACGUCCUUGGGGAAGGAGAGAGUCCUAUUUCUAGAGCUGCGGCCACUGGGAAUCGCGAUUUGGUCUCGCAGCUUCUUGCAUACGGUGCGGAUCCGAACUUGAUUAAGGGUCGGCGAAAGUCCCUUGCGCCCUUGACGGUCGCAGUGAUGAAUGGUCAUGAGGAAAUUGCCCAGAUGGUGGUCCGUGAAACAGAGAGUCUUCACCGCACUAGAGCGCUGGCCUUCGCAAUUUCAGAGCAGAACAGACGAAUGGCCGAGAUGCUACUUCGAAGUGGCGCACCCCCUCAAUUUGAUCCAUCCGAGAUACCGGAAUUAGAGAUACUCGGACCCUGGGAAUAUGACCUGGUAUGGGUACAGCCUCUUCUUCUUGCGGUGCGGAUAUGUUCGCUAGAGUUGGUGGAAUUACUCCUGGAGUACGGGGCAGAUGUGAAUGUGGAGUGUACCGAGCACCCGAAUGAUGGAGUUCGCAGAGAGUAUGGCCGCGCCCUGUUCUUGGCUGUGGAAAAGUCCGACGAAGCGAUGGUGGAUCUGCUACUAAAAGGUGGCGCAGAUCCGGAGGUUACUGAUAUAUUCGGACAGCCUCCACUCACGUAUGCCGUUUAUCGCGAUCAUGAGGCCAUAGUUCGAUCCCUGCUGGAUCACGGGGCGAACCCUUACCAUGCAGUGGACCAUAGUGGCAGGAAACUGUUAUUCUUUUGGCAAAUGAAACACUCGACAUUUUUACAGCUGCAAGAGGCAGAGAUCAAAUGGAGCAAGCAGCAUCUAUGUUGA